AUGAUAUACGACGUGGCUGAAGAAAGACACGUUGAAGUGUUUGCCAAGUUGGCCGAUGGGGUUAUCCAUGAAACAACGCCAGAAGUGGUCAAGCCUUUUUUAUCCCCAGAUUUCCCCAUAGAAAAACUCAAUGAAUAUUUAGAAGGUUAUAGUAAACCUUCUGAUAUGCCUGAUUUCAGAAGAUAUGUCUUGUCGGUUGUCAAUAGAGCCAGUGCCUCUUCUGUAAGAAUGUUUGCAUUGUCGAUGGACAUGUUGGACAAUCGUCUCAUGGCUCCAGCCCUCACAAACUCUACAACCAUGGUUAGAGAUAUGACCCCCCAGGAAGCAGAAAAAAUGCUUCAAAAUUGGAGAGACUCUUAUAUUUCUCUCAAACGGAAGUUAUUCAGAACCGUAGUAGCUUUGACCAUGGCUACGUUUGGAAAAUGUGCAACGGAAUUGCAUUUGAAAGCUUUAGGUUAUCCUGGUAAAGAAUUAAGGGAAAAGCUCUGGGACGAACAAGUUAUUGAUCCUUACGUUUAUCCAAUGCUUCCCAAACCUGAAACGGAAGGCGAAGAAUUGUAUCUUCCUGAUAUCGAUGCCAUCAUAAUUGGAUCCGGGUCUGGUGCGGGAGUUGUAGCUCAUACUUUAUCUCAACAGGGCCUUAAAUCACUUGUGUUGGAGAAGGGUAAAUAUUAUGCCAAUAACGAGUUUGUAUUCAAUGAUUGUGAAGGUUUUGAAAAGUUGUAUGAGCUGCAAGGUGAAAUCAGUACCGACAGUCAAGUAGUUGUUUUGGCAGGAAGCACUUUUGGUGGAGGUUCUGCUAUUAAUUGGGGUGCUAGUUUAAAGACACCUUUUAAAGUAAGAAAGGAAUGGUACGAUGACUUCGGAUUGGAAUGGGCUGCCAAUGAAUCUUAUGAUAAUUGUGUUGAAUAUGUUUUGCGUCAAAUGGGAUGCACCGACCAGAACAUACCUCAUUCUCAUUCUAAUAAAGUACUUUUGGAAGGGUCUGAAAAGUUGGAUUAUAAGAGCAAGGUAAUUCCUCAAAAUUCUGGUGGUCAUCAAGAUCAUUCUUGUGGGUUCUGUUACUUGGGUUGUAAAUAUGGAAUCAAGCAAGGUUCUGCAAAUUGUUGGUUCCGAGAUGCUGCUGAAAAUGGUACGAAAUUCAUGGAUCAAGUUCGUGUUGAUGGAAUUAUUCAUAAGAAUGGAGCAGCAGAAGGUGUUUUAUGUACCAAUGUGGUUACCAAUAAAUCUUUCACUAUUCGUGGACCUAAGAAGAUUGUUGUUAGUGCUGGAGCUUUGAAUACACCUGUGAUCUUAAAGAGAUCUGGUUUCAAGAAUAAGAACAUUGGCAAACACUUGAAGUUGCAUCCAGUAGUAGUUAUAUUUGGAGAUUGGGGGAGAGAUGUGAUAACUGAACCAUUCAAGAAACCAAUCAUGACUGCGGUAGUGACCGAAACUGAUGAUGUUGAUGGGAAGGCCCACGGAGCCAAAAUUGAAGCUGUAUUGCAUACUCCACUUCUUGAGAAUACUUGGAUGCCUUGGUUUGAUAGUGAUUCUGCAAGACAGUUUUCUCUCAAGUAUAAUAAUUUGAGUGCCAUGCUUAUUAUCACCAGAGAUACUGGUGAAGGCAGUGUUAACUUCAAUCCUUCCAAACCCAAUGCACUUGAUAUUUCGUACUCUGUCAAUCAAUUUGAUAGAGAUGCACUUCAGAUCUCUUGUUUGACAGCAGCUGAUAUUUUAUACGUUGAAGGAGCUAAAGAAAUCAUUCACCCUCAACACGAUAUUCCAAGUUUUAAAUCCGAAAAGCCCAAGGACGAGAGACUGAUAGAUGAUGAGGAUUAUCAGAAAUGGCGAUCCAAGGUUGCUAAGAUUCGGUUGGACUCUUAUGCCACACCAUAUGGAUCGGCACAUCAGAUGUCUACUUGUAGAAUAUCAGGUAAAGGUCCCCAAUAUGGAGCAGCUGAUCUUCGGGGUCGGUUAUUUGAAUGUGAUAAUGUUUACGUUGCAGAUUCUAGUGUGAUGCCCACCGCAAGUGGAGCUAAUCCUAUGGUCACCGCGAUGGCAAUGGCAAGACACAUUGCAUUAGGAAUAGCCAAAGACUUGAAACCUAAGGAGAAGCUCUGA